GUUGAGCGAGGUGCUUAAAACCGGGGGCUCGGGAGUCCCCGCGCGUGAACUCGGCGCGGGGGGCUCGGGACGGGCAGCCAUGGAAUUGAACUCCCUGUUAAUCCUCCUGGAAGCGGCCGAGUACUUGGAGCGAAGAGACCGAGCGUUCCUGCAAAGGAGGAAAAAAUUGCAUGGAAAAAAUAUAUUGCCACUAAUGCUGACUUUGUCCCUAGAAGCAGAACAUGGCUAUGCAUCAGUGUUACCCUUCGAUAGUGACUAUUCCAGAAAGAAAACAAAGGCAGGCACCAUGGCCAGAAAAUCCCAGAAUAACAGGUCAUCACACAACGAACUAGAAAAACAUAGGCGGGCUAAACUCCGGCUAUAUUUGGAACAGCUAAAACAGCUUGUGCCUCUCGGGCCGGACAGCACCAGACACACCACUCUAAGUCUGUUGAAAAGAGCUAAGAUGCAUAUCAAGAAAUUGGAAGAACAGGACCGAAAAGCUCUAAAUAUUAAAGAACAAUUACAGCGGGAGCACCGCUAUCUCAAGCGCAGGCUGGAGCAGCUCUCCGUGCAGGGCAUGGAGCGAAUCCGCACUGACAGCAUGGGAUCAACAAUAUCCACUGACUCUGAACAAGAAGUAGACAUUGAAGGAAUGGAGUUUACUCCAGGUGAAAUGGACAGUAUUGGAAGUGCCAGUGAUGCUGAAGACCACUACAGUUUGCAGAGCGGUUCGAGUGACGGAGGUUACACACAUUCCCGCAGACUGAAUGCCAGGCUCUCAUAGUGCCUGAGUUACCCGCUCAACUCAGGACCAUCUGACUGAAGCACUUAUAUAUGAAUAUUCCAGAGGUGUCAACUGCCACUCUUCCGGGAAACCCCAACCACAAUACUCUGACAUGGAGGUUUCUUACCCAUGGUUCCCUGCACUGUAACCACAAUAUUAGAUAUUGUAAAUCAUGGGUUUGCUGCAGAGAACUGUGGUUAGGUACAGUUGUGACUUAAAGCUAGCUUGAUGUAGCCAUCCUGCAAAUUAAAGGAAAUAAAUUAUGUCGUUCCAUUCAAGAAGUAUUAAAUUCAAACUGUUGGAAGCAUGGUGUAAGGGAGUUUGACAGUUUAUUUUGAUUUUGCAGAAACCAUUUUCAAACAUGGAAGAAUAAAUGAAAUCUACAAUGUGUUAGUGAUUCAGAGAUACAAAAACCUAAAACUACUUUUUGUGGUAUUUUUUCAUGAAAAAAAACCCCAAACCCAAAACAUUUUGAAUGCUAUAUAGUGGGCUCCAUAGAGUAAAUUCUUUCAGCAGUUGUUGUUUGGGUGAAGCAGGUAGAUAAAUCUUCAAAUCUCAAAUGAUCUUUAGAAAAGGUCGUAUUUACAAGUCACUACUGUACUUCAAAAUGGGGGAAAAGCCAGCUCUAAUAAUGACUUCAUGUGGGAUGAUCUCAACUUUCUUUUGCUUUUUGUAUUCAAUAUCCAACCAGCAGCAAAUCAUUCUGUCCAUGUUAACGGGAUCAGUAGAAAGCAAGAUGGCAGUUUUAACCUGUUACCGUGGAAUGGAUGACAUUUGAAGCAUUUCAGUGGUUUUAUGGGUUGUUGUUUUCAUUUUUUUCUCUGAAGAAUACAGAACUCAAGUGAUCCAGUUUGUGAUAGUUAAUCUUGCCUUGCAAGGAAAUGAAAUCUCUGUUUGCUUGGUUUUUUUUUCCUUCUCUUCUAUUUACACAUGUCAAUACAUUCUUAUGGAAGGCAUGGCUUAAAAUUACAGUAUUCAGCUAGAAGAUAAUUAAUUUUUUUUCUUUUGCACACUAUAAUUGCAUUUUCUAUUCUUAAAAAAGUGCAAAAAAAUUAAAAUGUAUGCUGUAAAACAGCAAAGUUUAUUUAGUACUCAUCAAGCUGUUCAGAACAUAUUUACCCAAAUUGUAGCAAUACUAUGAAGAUGUAUUUUAAUACAACUUCUGCUUAGUGAAGUCAUUAGAGCUUGGCUUGCCGGGUAAGAAAAAAAUGGACCAGUCUUUGCAUUAUCUGUUUAAAGAAGGUCUUUUAAAAAAAUAAAAAAAAAAGAAAAAAAAAAAAAAAAAAAUUGAAAAAAAAGAAAGAAAAAAGCUAUAAACACUUUUAGGGAAGUGAUUUUAGCAAGUGUAGUCUAUAUUUCCUGUAAGAGAUUUUGUAUUAUAUUUUCCUAAAUGUUCUCAUUUACUUGUAUAAGGAGGGGAAUGGUACAGACCCAGACCAGAGUCUCAGGGACUCUUCACCUUUGUCAUAUUGUGCCUUGGUGACCAUUUAUGUAUGCCUCUCCUUCUCAUUGUUUAAAGGACAACUAAGCUUUGUUUCACGACCCUCUGUUCAAAUGGUCAGUUGUCCACCUUCUUACGGAUGAAGCAGAGAGGUGUAUUUAUAUCUUCACCCUCUCACAACUGAUUCAGUGUGGCUUUAAGUAAAAUCAUGAAAUUAGGUUUUGGUGCGAGGGUUAAUUGUCUUUGUAUGAGCCCUCCCUUGGAUUCUUCAGCACCCAAAUCUAUUUUUUGUUAGCUUAUAAAGUCAGGGUCUCUGUGAGACCAGCGCUCAGUGGCUCGGGAAACACAAACGUACUGUGUAAGGCUAUGGGAUGUCCAAGUGUGGUGCCAUUUUUAGCAUUCAGAUACAAGACCUCAUGACAGACUGACCAUAAUGAUCAAAAGCAAAGGUUCAGUUGUUCUUUCAACAUCUGACAUACGUGUCCUCCCUUUGGCUCUUACAACACAGAGUAGAAAUAUGAAUACAUUUUGUGGCAGCUUACAGAUCCUUGUUUGCACUCUCGCUUACUGCUUGGAACUUGCCAACAAGGAAACGUAUACAUUUAAUUUACAUAACCUAAUGGAUGGCCACCCCUACUUUGGCUCUGGGGAGGGGCCUAAGGUUAUCAACUCUGGCAGCUGAAUAAGAAAACAAUUAACCUUUUCUGUGAUGCAGGUUUUGGUAUUACAUUCUAUACACCUUGCAUAUUACUAAAAUCCUCAUUGUUGGGGAAAGCACACAGCAAUAUACUCAUUGUGUGUAGCUGACAAGCAGCAGAAAUUACUAGCUCCUUUGGUGCAUAUGUAACUAAUUUCCAAAUCAUGGAAAAAAAAAAAAGAGUUUACUUUAACACACGACUGUUAACAGGAAAAAAAAAAAAGGCUAGUAUAUUGUUGCUGUUCAUUUAUUAUAUAAUGAACACAUUCAUGGAUUGUAAAGUGUUUCCUUUCAUGACAAGCAGCUCUUGCACAGAACCUCCUAAUGAAAAGAGAUUUGAAAUUUACAGAAGGAAAAAUGAGACUUUAAAUUGAACAUUAUUGUACCUUAGGUCAACCUGAAAUUUUCCUUUUAAAGAUGAAUGUGCUAACUUAAUGAGUUCUUCCACGCUGGGUAUCCAUGGCUUUGUAGAUCUUAUAUUUUCAAUAAAAAUUACUCGAAUAAUCUUGAGUGGAAAUAAAAAGGGUUUAUUUGUUUUUACUUUUUCAGUUGUUACAGCUGGGAGCUAUUAAUGCUGGUAAAGAAAAAUGACACCAUACUGCCUGUGUCAUUCUCCCUCGAGCACAGCCCAAUUUAAGGUGGAAUUUUCAGGCACAGCCCCCGGACAGCAGCAGCCCCAUUAGAGGCAGGGGCACAGCAGAUCCUAGGGUCAGGUUUGGGGACUGGCCUGUACCCCCAGCAGAGCUGCAGUCAGUGGGGACAGUCGGGGCUCUGACAUUUUUUAGGUUCUGCUGCUGAGCAGCCAGUGCAGCACUGCCUGUGGCCACAGCACCUUGGGAUGCAAACAGUGUUAUUUUUAUCAUUUUUUCUCAGCUGGACACUUGUGUAUGUGCCCCAUGCGUGUGCACAAGUGUACCUGUGCCCACAGUGGGGCUGCAAAAAGCAAACUGUUUGCUGCAAGAUGAAAUCCUGCCCCCACCUUGGCAGCUCUGCCAUGUUGUGACCACGCUUACAGCAGGCGAGGAGGUUCUGCUCUCAGUUCAUCCAUUUCCUCUGCAGUUACCGCACUGGAAAAGGAGUAGGGACAAGAUUACAGGGCUGCUAGGUCGCUUUCUCUGUGGAAGGGGCUCUGGAGAGAUGAAGUCAUUGCAAAGAUCUUUUUCUGGAGACGCAGAGGUUUGGCCUGUUUCCUGGGGGAGAAGAAAGGAAGGGCUUUCCCUUGCAGCACGCAGGUGUUGGAGGAUGCACGCCUCUGCACUGCUCCUGGGUUAGUGCUUCCCCCAGCUCCCUGCCUGCACUCUGGCAUCACCACAGGGAGGCACAAAAAAAACCAGCCUAAAAUUGUUAGUUCUUUCUGCAUAUUCUGUGCUGCAAUUCAGAGGAUGAAUCCUCCUUCGCAUCCAUCCUCUCUCUGCCCAGCUUGUACCAUGCCAGGCCCAUUGCAGCUGAUUUAUUUAUCUUCUGAAAAGAGCAGGUUUGGCAGUAGAAGCUCUGCAACACAUUAUUAACCAGAGACUGGAUCCUGUAUUGUCUUCUGCAAACAACAAACUUGGUUCAGAGUGAGUGUUAGCAGGUUAAAACAGAAAUAAAAAAGCCUUCCAAAAAUCCAUGAGAAUGACAGUUUUCCAUGUGCUGUUUAUAGAUGAGUUUCAAUCGUAAUUUAUUAGUAUAAGAUUUGGAGUUGAAAAAAAGGACAUAAAAUCUAACACAUCUAACUUGAUCUAACUUACAGAAUUAAGACUGACUUAAAUGGUGUUAUAUUUUGACAUGGAUGAGUAUGGGUUCAACUGUACCACAUGCAUACAAUUAUAGAAGUAGAAAAAAAGUUACUUGGUGAUCUGCAAAUAAGUUACAGUGACAAAUACCAGUAUUCUGAGCACCUGACUGUGCACUUUGCAUAACCCAUUUCAGUGGGUGAACUUAAAAUGCCAAAAGAGGAGAACUGGGCAACAGACAGAGGUGAAGUUAUUAGUGUGGGCUCUGCCUGCAAACCUGUUCUGGGUGGGUACUUCUGCUUUUCCUGGAGGUACUUACAGCAGUCUCUCCUCCUGGACAAGUGAUUAUUUCAUCAUUUUACUAACUUUGUGGCAGACUGGUAAUUAGUGGUGAAAUUUUUCAUCCUUGCGGUUCAGCCAUGUGGAAAGAACCACAUUUUUUAAAAGAACCACAUCAUCACAGCUUUUAAUUAAGUAAUAUUAAUUUUAUACAUUUAAUUUUAUGAUGCUGCUGAUAAAGGAAUGUCUUCAAAACAAAUUACUCUUUCAUAAAUCUGUUAAAUUUGUUUUUAAAUGGCAGAGGCCAUCGGUUGUGUGUGGUAUGAGCCAGUAACAGUGCUGAUAUUUAAUCCAUUAACUUACACUUUCCAAAAUUGAUGGAAGAAUAAUUGAGACCCUUUAGGAACACUUUAAGGAAGAGCUGUACUCCCUACAAAUACUAAUGGGGAAAACACAUCAGAAAUUAAUUUUGCCAGCAAUGAAAUGAGCCAAUUUGCUUAAGUGACUGUCUAAAUGCACUGUUGUUAAUUGGCAGCUGUAAAGAAAACAUCCAAGUGUGUUCUGUAGCUACCCAGAAUUAAAAUGCAGGGGGUAUAUGAAACAGAAAAGACCAUUUGGUCACCUUGGCUGUUCUCUGUGCCUGAAGUAUUGUACAUAAGCCCAGGAAAGGAUUCCUGGGGAGGCAUGCCCAGCCAGAGGCCUGACUCUUGGCAAAGCAGAGUGAAGGUGCCUCAAGUUCACAAUUCCUUUCUUUCAUUUUGCACGAGAGGCAUAAACUGUGGUUCCACAGGAUUUAUGGCAUUGGAAGGGUCUGUGCAGGAGGGAUGUUUAAGAUAAAAUUUUGGAGCAGGUGAAGCACUGAUUGAGAGCCUUCUGCUGCUUACUGGUACAAUUGUUACCUAAAGGUGUUAGUGGGUGGGUUCUGUGCCAGAGCCUCUGGGUCCCAGAGCCAAAGGAAUGGUUCAUAGUCUGUGAGAUGCAUUUGACUGUACUAUACAGAUUCAUUGUACACACGUACAUGGCGCUUGCUACGUUCUGUAGCACAUGGAGUAUUGUGUUGUAUCAUUAUCUCGUCAUUAUAUAAAUACAAAUUUUUAUA